UCUUUGUUGUUUUUUUUUUUUUCUUUUCUUUCUCGUUGUCCAUGGGUGUUCUGUCGCAAGUCAACGCGCGCGCUGUGGUCAUUGCGUCGGUCGUGGUCUCGCUGACGACCAUCUUUGGCUGCUAUGCCACGGCCGUGCAUCUCCACCACGUCAAGGCGUGGCUGCCGAUGAUUAGCGACUGCGGAGUCGAUGCUCCUGAAAAGUACCCCUUCCGCCUCGGCAUCAUCUCGUCCGCGCUGCUCAUCAUGUUCAACGCGUAUCUCGUCUGGGCCAUCUCGGGCAGCAGCGCGUCCAAGUCCAACACAGUCGCCUUCAUUUCGGCGCUCGGCGGCGCGGCUGGUCUCGCUGUCGUCGGCGCAGUCAACGAGGCCGAGGAUAAUUCCGUCCACGGCACUGCCGCGGUCAUCUUCUUCUUCCUGUACGAGCUGUACAUGAUCAUCAUCACCGUCAAUCUGUUCCAUGUUCGGGGCAAGACCGCCCAGGGCUACCGCGCCGUGAGCGACUUUUCGCUGACCCUGAAGGUGUUUGCGUUGACUGUUGGCACCGUCGCCCUCGCGCUCUUCGUCUACAUGAACAGCGAUUGGGGCAAGUACAGCCUGCAGAUUGCCAUUUGCGAGUGGACUGGCACAAUGAUGAUCCAGCUGUUCAACAUCUCCUUUGUGUUCGAGUAUGGCACCGAUUACAAGCUUGACGCGACGAUUGUCAACUCGGUUGCUUCCUACGCUGCUCCCAAACAGCCCGCUCUCCCUUUGAUGUUUGUGGCUGUCGCCUCCCCGCGUGUCAACUCCAAGACUGGCGAGUGGCUCGAUCAGGUUGCCUGGAAGCCGGCUGCCAUCGUGUAACGAGCUGGUCCUGUUGCUGCUGCUGCGUGGGGCGACUUGUUGUGAUGAUUCUGUUGCUCGUUUUCUCCUCCCCGUUGUGCUGUGCUCGGCCGCCUUUUGUUGUCGAUCCCAUCUCCUCGUUGUGAAUAGACCCAACUGUGACCCCUUUGAGGAAGCAGUUUACCACUUCUCUCCAAGCAACCAUUUCAUGUAUCCGAGUGCGCAGCAAAACUUUUCACUUUUAAUUAAGACUUCCACAGAGUAGUUCAACUGGCAUCAUCAUGCACAACUCGCAACAAAAAAAAAAAAAAAAAAUAAAAAAAAAUUAAGAAACAUUCACAAC